CUCCCGGCAGAGACCAAGGUGUACGUGGGGAACCUGGGCACGGGCGCCGGCAAAGGCGAGCUGGAGAGAGCCUUCAGCUACUACGGGCCCCUGAGAACCGUGUGGAUCGCGAGGAACCCGCCGGGGUUCGCCUUCGUCGAGUUUGAAGACCCGAGGGAUGCUGAAGAUGCUGUGCUCGGUCUCGAUGGGAAGAUAAUAUGUGGCUCCAGGGUGAGAGUGGAAGUGUCGACAGGGAUGCCCCGUCGCUCCCGCUACGACAGGCCUCCUGCACGGCGCCCCUUUGACCCCAACGACAGAUGCUAUGAGUGUGGCGAGAAAGGCCACUACGCUUAUGAUUGUCACCGCUAUAGUCGGAGGAGCAGGAGGAGCAGGUCCCGGUCUAGAUCUCGGUCAAGGUCCCGAGGAAGAAGGUAUUCUCGGUCGCGCAGUCGGAGUCGUGGUAGGAGAUCAAGGUCAGCUUCCUACCGCAGGUCCAGGUCAAUCUCUCCUCGCAGGUAUAGAUCAUUUUCACCCCGCAGAUCUCGGUCUGGUUCCUUAAGGAGAUCAAGAUCUAGGUCCAGGUCACGCUCAAGAUCCCGAUCUGUUGUAUGGCCUCGAAGCAGGUCUGGGUCCCAUGGUAGAUCUAAAUCUGGCUUACCUGCUAAAAGUCGCUCAAAGUCCAGAUCACCGUCUCCAAAGAGAAGUCAUUCACCAUCAGGAAGCCCUUGAAGCAGUGCAAGUCCUGAAAGAAUGGAUUGAAAUUUAAAAAGUUUAAGAAGAAAAUUUAUUUUGUUUACAUUAUUAUAAGGGAUUUUGUGGUGUCUUUAUAAAUGUAAGGGCUUAGUCCUAGAAGGCUGUUUCUAUUGACUAACGAUUGGCAUGAAUCUGGAUCUUUUCAAAGUCUUAGUAGACUUCAAAACUCUUUUGUUGUGUUAACGUUCUGUGAUCUGGAAAUACUGGGCUUUUUUUAUUGGUGCAUUGAAAUAAACUGUGCAUUUCUAACUAAGA